AGAAGCCGGCCGAAAUUGCUGCCUGUAUCCCGAACCUCCGGAAUUGAGCGUCGAGGGGGCAAGAACAGAGCCUCGGUCCUCCUUUAUCUGCUGGAUCCUCGUACAACGGCAACACCUUUAUAGCUGCUCCCAUCAGUGGCGGCAAAUAAGAGCAGAUCCUGCUUCGGGCAGAGAAGCAUCGGCACGGGACUUGGUGUUUGACCGGGAAACAUGAUAAACAGCGUUUAUACCGCCGUCCUGGUGGCGAUAAGCGUCGCCUUCUGCCCAACGAUAAACGGCCAGUAUUUCCUCGGCUGUCCUCCUGUGGAUGACGUCCACGACGAAGCCACAAUACUGCCGAAUCCUUUCAACUGCUCCACAUUUUACAUAUGUGCGCAGGGCACGCCUCUGCUAUUCGUUUGCCCAGGACAUUUACAAUUUAACUAUGAACUUCAAGUGUGCGAUUAUCCGGAACGAGCCAAUUGUUUCGAACUCCAACAGUACCCUCAACCAGUGACAACUUAUGCCCCCUUCGCUGAGACUCAAGCUGGGCAUGUGCAUGCGGAUAACAAUCCAGAACCAGUGGACAAAGCUGCGCAUCAGCCUACACAAGGGCGAGGUGAGCUUACUCCAGAACCCCAUACAGAACAACCCCAGGAGACAGCGCCGCUUCAAUCGCAUUCUAAUGAUGCGUCAUCUGAGUGGCCGAAUACGCCAGUGCAAACGAGUUCCUAUGAUGAAGCUGUCGAGGAAAUGACGGAGCCUACUGAGCCUAUUGGUACACCGGAACCAAAACCGUUGCAAGAACAAAGUCAAUCAGAACGUCGGGAAGAAGCUAAUGAAGAGCCUGAUGAAAGCGGAAUUGCCUUAGUACCUUUGGCUGAGGCACAUACAACCUCUGUACUCCAGCCGCAGCCGACAGAAAAUCCAACCGAACAGGAACCACAAGAAAAGAUAGUGGCAUCUGCGCCUACGGAUGACCUAAAUCCAGUUACAGUGUCCGCACCUGAGUCACAGCCACAACCGUCACGACAGAAGACCGAACCUAAGCAGAAGUCAGAAGCAAAUGAAGAUGCUACUCAACUUCACCAUGAACUCGAGCCCACUAGUGAAGCAAGUACAAUCGUAAGGGAUUCAGAGCCACAAUUAGAAGAAAGGCCAGCUGAGACGGAACAGGAUGCACAGAUGGCUGUCGAGCAGGCGGAGCCUGCAGACGAGCAAGAACGCCCGCUCUCUCAAACAUCACCUGUUCAGGCCCUUCAAACAGAGGCACUGCCCACAGAGAAACAAAUAGCAGAGGAAACAACACUGUCAUCAGCUGACUUUCAACCCCAGUCAACUGACGCUCCACAGGAAGUACCAGAGCCUACAGAUAAGCCAGAACAACGUCAGCCACAGCCUUCAGAUGAACAAUCUGAAGCCGUCGAUGACACGACAGAGGCAGCAUCGCAGCAAACUGUGCGGCAUGCACAGGAGUCAUCUGGACCGGAAACAGAGCCUACUGCAGUAGCACCAAAGUUUGAGUUGGAGGCCACGGAAGAGCCAGCCGGGUUCUUCAGUGAGCCUUCCGAGAUUCUUGAGGAGCAACAAUCCUCACGUGACGUAACAAAAUUGGAUAACGUCGCUGAAGAUGGAUCUACGAUAGAAGCAAACGCGUCAGAAAAGCCACUAGAAGGUCCGUAUGAAUUUACAGAAAAGUCACAUGAGCUAGACCACACGCAACAAGAAGCGGAACUUGAGUCUCAGUCAAACCUGGCUGCACUUGAAUCAGAACCAGACGUCACAGGGCAGCCAACAACGCCGGCGCCGGAGCAAAGCGAAACCCAAGCACAGCUUGAGCCCACACAACAACCUGAAUUAGGCCUGGAUGAAGCCUCGCCUAAACAUACUGACGUUGGUGGCAACCUUGAUGAAUCUGCCACUGAGCUCGACCAGUCUGAACAGCAGGCAACAACGAAAUCAGCCGAGGCCCAUACACAGAUUGGAGAAGUAGUUGACGAGACACAAUCACCACCUGAGACAGAACCGCAUAAAUCAGAAUCAACUGAAAGCUCCGCUGAGCAGUUGGCAUUAGACAGUGAUGAUUCAUCAGAAGCCGGAUCACAACCUCAAGCAAACGUCAACGAUACGCCUGAGACAAUCGGUGAGCCCAGGUCAGCCCAAGCAGAAACCUCGAGGGACACGCAGCCUCUAUCACCUGCCUCAAACGAAGCGGCCGAUAGUGAAACCACUGAACAAGUCGCAGCUGGGUCUGCAUUGACAGAAUCUGUGCCAUUUGAAGACAAAGUAUACACCACCAGUAUAAAUCCUGUACCUGAAUCUAAUCAGCACAAUGAUUCAAGUGCCAUCGGACCGAAUUCUCUUGAUCACAAUAGAGCUUUACCGCCAAGCGAUGGAGUGGCUUCAGAAUCUGAGACUGCCUCACUUGAUUUGGCUCCAACAGAGGCAGCGCAACGUGUUCCAGAUGCUGCCGAGCCGACGCUUGAUAGCUCCGCCGGUUCCGUAAUGGAUGACAGCGAGUCAAACACGGGAAACCUUCAAAGGGAGACGACAAACUCUCCAGGGCUCGAUAGCGUCGACGCAGCGUACGAAGAAAAAAUACGAAGCGAUGCUGUAGAGAUUGACUACUACAGUUGAACGCUAAGAGAGAGCACUGCGUAUUUAAAGUAAGACAGCUGAAAAGACCCGUUUCAUGCGUCUCCUACCUUUUUCACUUCGGUCUUAUUUAUUUAAGAAAGAAAAGUAUUAACCAGGAAAAAACUGCACUUCGAGUUGCUUUAGUAGUAGCAUGUGCGCGAGUUGGUUGGAGGUGACGGGGGCGGGACGUGCAAUACCUGGGAAAAUCUUGACCGUCUGGGUUGCGUAACGAUCAUCAAGUUCAAGGGCACGGACACUUACACGGCCGUUUCAAUCAGUUUUAGACAGACGGCACAUUGCGUUGAAACUCACAUCAGCCUUCUUUUUUUGUUCAUUCAGUGGCAGCAUUAUCGAUGGUAUGCCAUGCUACCUAAUUAAUAACACAUUUUGUUAGUGUAAACGUCUACACCCGUCCUGCUAAUAUAUUUCCUCGACCUAUCUUCUCUGUAUGCAAGUAACAUCAAUUGGUACAGAUGCAGGACAAAAUUAAGUAUUAUGUGCCGUUAAGUCAUUCACGCGACGCCGUUUUCUUGGUAAUGUCGUGAAAUGACGUGGUUUGCUGAAUGAACGAAAGAAGAGAACUUUUAGGGCUCGUUUCUUUGUUGAUACAACCUUAAUGAAACGUUAAGAUUAUUUUCUGAAGCAACUCGACAUCUGUGAUGGUCAUCGUUUACACUGCACUAAGCGGGCAAAAGAGUAAAAGCUGAGUGAAUAAAAAGAAGAGAAAUGAA